ACACACACACACACAGUCACAAAAGGUCUAAGCUCCGCCUCAUUUGAAGCCUCUAACUUCUCAUCAAUGAUUCACUCUCUUGAAGUCGACCUUCCUCUAUGACCGUCUGAAAUAAAGAAGUAAAAACUGACCUCAGAUCCGCUUCAGCUGUGAGCCUUCUGCAGCUCUGCCAGCUCAAAUCUGUUUUGAGUGUCCUCAGUGUCUGCGCAGAGUACACUGCCUGCACACUGACCACCUCUUCCUCUGCACACAGGUCUGUCACACGCUGAUGCUGGAUCUCCAGUGGGAGUGGAAUGGAUAAUGGCCAUGGCACACUGUAAUCAGCGGUCACCGUCCUCCUCUCCUCAUGAUGACGUCAACCUGGGACCUUCAGCAAACCCACAUGCCAGGCCCACUGACUUUGACUUCUUGGCUGUCAUUGGCAAGGGCACCUUUGGAAAGGUGCUGCUCGCCAAGCUCAAAGCCGACAACAAAUUCUACGCCGUCAAAGUGCUACAGAAGAAAGUCAUCCUGAAGAAAAAAGAGCAAAAAAACAUAAUGGCGGAGAGAAACGUGCUAUUGAAGAGUCUGAAACAUCCGUUUCUGGUUCGGCUCCACUACUCCUUCCAGACCCCAGAGAAGCUCUACUUUGUCCUUGACUACGUGAAUGGGGGAGAGUUGUUCUUCCACCUGCAAAGAGAGAGGUGUUUUUCAGAGCCCAGAGCGAGGUUCUACACAGCCGAGGUAGCAAGCGCUAUCGGCUAUCUUCACUCUCUCAACAUUGUUUACAGAGAUCUGAAGCCAGAGAAUAUUCUCUUAGACUCUCAGGGCCAUGUGGUGUUGACAGAUUUUGGGCUGUGCAAAGAAGGCGUAGAACCGGAGGGAACCACCUCAACUUUCUGUGGUACUCCAGAAUACUUGGCACCAGAGGUUCUUCGUAAGGAACCAUAUGACAGGACAGUGGACUGGUGGUGUCUGGGAGCAGUGCUCUAUGAGAUGAUCUACAGCCUGCCUCCUUUCUACAGCCGUGACGUCGGUGAAAUGUAUGAUGGGAUCCUCCACAAGCCGCUGCCGCUCCCUCCUGGAAAGUCUGAGGCCGCCAGCGCUCUGCUGGUGGGUCUCCUGCAGAAGGACCAGCACAGACGCCUCGGGGCCAUCGCUGACUUUUUAGAAAUAAAGAACCACAUCUUUUUCUCUCCAAUCAACUGGGACGACCUUUACCACAAGAGAAUAACUCCUCCUUACAACCCUAAUGUGAGAGGCCCAGCUGACACUCAGCAUAUUGAUCCAGAGUUCACCAGAGAAAUGGUUCCUAACUCAGUGAGUCAAACCCCGGAGCUCAGCGCCAGCACCAGCUCCAGCUCCAGCAACGCCUUCAAUGGAUUCUCUUUUGUCGCCAAUGAGGACAGUUUUCUGUGAGGCAGGAGUUAACUGUUCAAAUGUCUGAACAGGGUGAGUGAGUGAUCACAUCUCUUUUGAGUUAAGAGCUCAUGAACAUAAGAGCUCCUCAUGUACCAUUGCAGAAACCCCAUCUAUGUGUUUGAGUACAGCAGGGAUUUCCAAAUUGUUCCACUUGAGGGUGUGGCAGGAAGGGAGCAUGCCUGCAAUGGAGACAGUUAAGGUUAAAAUAUGUAAACAUUUUGCCUGGAUGUCCCAGGUCUGUUCUCGGAGGGAUAGAGAGGAUCGACAUGAACGUGUUACCAAAUAUACAGAGCUCACAAGAAAUAGGAGCAUCUUUAAGGUGCAGUGAAAAUUAUCUUUAUUCCAUUUAUUUGCAAUGGAGUAAAGAGCAUGUGAGGGUGGAUUUACUCAAAAUAUGUGUUUUAUAUUUCCUUUAUGCACAGACUUUUAUCAUACUGUUUAAAAAGAAAAAAUAAACACAAUGUUGUCUUCCUGUGUACAUCUAAACUUAGGGCUCUAUUUUCCUGAAAAAGUGUGUAAACAUAAGCGUAAUCUCCUGGUGCAAACACUAAUUUUUGCAAUUCUGGUGACCACGAGAGCAACACGGUGCAGUUUGUUACAGCGUGAAAAACAGGCUGAAUACAUUAUUAGUUUCAGAAAUGCAAGAAUCAUCUAAUGAAAUCCUCUUAUCCCCUUUAAGAGCAGCAGGUGGAACAAAGAGAGAGGCUGAGGUCCAAAGUAAACCAAAUACAAAACAUAUUAAUAUACAUCAAUCUAAAUAUGUCAAUGGCAGAAUGAACAGACAGCUGAUGUUUAUCGGUGAAGCAGCUGCUCAAAUAUGGGUUCGGCUGGUUAGAGUCGUACAGUUGACAGUUCACUAAACUGAGUAGACCACAAUCACAGCUGCAGUGUCAUUCAUCAUCUCCUCUCUGGAUAAGAAAAUUAUUUUUAAGCUCUUAAAAGCAUUUAAUAUUGUCAAUCAUAAAAUCCUACUCCACAAACUACAGUCUAAAGGUUGAGAUGAAGCCACGCUUCACUGGUUCCACUGACGUCGCAGAGAGAACGCAGACUAGACGUCGCUGAUGAUACACAGUCAAGCCAUCUUACCACCAGACAUGGGUUGCCACAGCAGUCUAUCCUUGGUCUUUUGCUGUUUACUUUAUACAUAAAUAACUCUUAACUCUUAAUUCUUCCUAAUCAAUACUGCAGUGUCCUUUUUCUUUUGCUGGUGAUACAAUUUUAUAUGCCCCAGGCUCCACCCCAGCCCAGGCACUGACUUCGUCUCUGACUUUGAUGUUUUCUAAUUAUUAUAUAAUCAUAGUUUCAAAUGCAGAAAGGAUCAAGCACUUGAUAUUCUCCACCUCCACCAGUGACUCUGACUUUCCGACCAUUAAAACUUUAAAUGGCACCCAUAUUACUCUGGCAGAGUCCUACAAAUACUUAGAAAUUUGGCUUGGCAGCAGACUAUCUUUAACUAUUCCUAAACAUACAUGAAAGGUGUUUUUGUGUUUCUGCCAGCUUAAACCACAAAAAUUGCCCUGACACUGGCUUUAAGCAUGCAGGAAGAUAGAGCCCUUAGUUUCCUCUGUCUCACUGAUCUUAUUUUAAUACAAUAUAGAUCUGAAUGAACACAAACAUAAUAACCUCUGGGUUGAGCAGUGCUUUGAAACAGGGGUUGAUGUCAAGAAAACGCAAUGAAAAAGUUCACUUUUAAAAAAGUAGUUUCAACAAUGCAGUGUUUGCAUUUUAACACCAGUACACAAUUAACAUUAUACGCUUUUGUCACAUUUAUAUGCUAAAGAAAAACUGAGAUGACUGGCAGCCUCUACUGGCUUUACACUGUUUUUACACUCUUCUACAGACUUCACAGGGAAACUGCUGCACUUCUGGCACAGAUGCAGAUGGAUUACUGUGCAGCAUCAGUCUCGUAAACUUCACUGUGUAAUUGUCAUUAUAAAGUACAUUAACUUCACUUUACUUACUACUUACUUACUACUACUGGUGUUCCAGUGCAAAGAGAGCUGAAGAUUUCAUCUGUAUAAGUUUAUGCAGUGACAAAAGUGAUAAAAGUAAAUCACAUCACAUCCAAUAUGUCUUUUUCUUAAAUAAAGACAAAAAAACAAAGAUGAAAAAGAUAGAAAUAAUAGUAACAGUAAUAUAUAACAUGGUGUGUCAGUAAGGCUCUCAGUCCUCACAACUCUGGUCUCAUUUGUUUAUGGUAAUUAUACCAAAGUGUCUAAAUGCAUUUGUAGAUGAUGCACUGCUGUUAAAAAAUGCUCCAUGAAGCUGUUUGUUUCGUUGGACUGUGGUUUUGUUUUCUGUGUUGUUAACUGGAAACGUGUUCCAAAUGUUUGUCUGGAGAUUAUUUUAGCCUGUAAAUAGCUGACAUUGAUAUUGAUUAGUUUUGUUUUAUGAUACAUGCUAAAAAGUGAAUGUUAUAUUGGAAAUGCUGUGUGUAACGACUGUAAAUAUACAGUCGCAGCUUUGCAAUAAGAGUACGUACUGUAAUGUGAUCAGUGUAAACCAUGAAGUGCCUCUCUGCCUUGGAAAUGAAGUUGAUGAUCUAUGGUGCUUGAGGUUGGCAGUGAUGGGUAAUAUACUUGUACAUCUGAUGUCCCUGCAUUUUAUUUUCAUUUUCUCAUUUAUAUAUAUACACAUAUAAUACUUGUCUUGUUGUACAUUUGAUAUUAAAGAAACUCUUCUCUUCCAGUUCCCGAACAUAGUGUGUUCCUAUUUACCUCCUUAAAACACUUCUGUUGCUUUUGUUCAAAGUUUUAAAUUCACAGGAUACUGUAUCAAAUACUUUUCCAUUAAACCAAAUACACUAACAGGGAAAAUCGUCUACCUCUAAAUCAUUAAUGGGUAAUUCUUCCGACAAGCUCUGACCCUCCUUGUUCACCAUUUGCCUUCUGAAGCUGUAACCCUGCAUGUCGAGCUGUUAUUCCCUGACUGAUCCUGUAAACAGAGAGGUUGAUGUUAAAGACUGUCAGGUCACGCUGCCAGCAGCAGCAUCAUAGUGGGCUGAUACCAACCGAAGCAAAAAAUUCUAGCCUGUGUGUAUGUACAUAGAAAAUGUGUUAAUAAAUCAAACAGCUGUCAAAACA